AGUGGAUUAGAAGCACGGGGGGCUGUGGUUAGUUAUUCUUCCGGUGUCAAAGGUCAGCUCUUCGGUCCUAGAAGACGCAAGGGAGCUGGAAAACUGGGGAACUAAACCAUAACAGAUUCUCGAAAAAAAACAUGUCCCACACAAUCCUGCUGGUGCAGCCCACCAAGAGGCCAGAGGGAAGGACGUACGCUGACUAUGAAUCAGUCAAUGAGUGUAUGGAAGGUGUGUGUAAGAUGUAUGAGGAGCAUUUGAAGCGAAUGAACCCCAACAGUCCAUCAAUAACAUACGACAUCAGUCAGCUGUUUGACUUCAUCGACGACCUGGCCGACCUCAGCUGUUUGGUGUACCGUGCCGACACACAGACGUACCAGCCCUACAACAAGGACUGGAUCAAAGAGAAGAUCUACGUGCUGCUCCGCCGUCAAGCCCAGCAGGCAGGGAAAUGAAGCCGGUGCCAGAAGUCACUGUGGGUGGGAGGACAGAGGGUGAAACCGAGGUGGAUGAUGAGUGGAAAAGGGCUUGAGUGAUGUUAUGCAGCAGUCAUAUUUUCCUAUCUGUAAGUUGCUUUUGAAAAAAAAUCUUCUGUUUUUGUUUUGUUUUUUUUCCCCCUUUGAGGGGAUGUUUAUUUUGUAUUAACAUGUCCAAGUUGUUAAUAAAGAUUUGCUUUAAAUAAAAAC